AUGGCGACCACAGCUAUCGCUGCGUCGAACGACCAAUAUUCCAUGAUGUCCAGGCCCCAAAUCGGCAUUGACCGUCUGCCGCACCACGGAAAACUGGCGGCCAAUGGCGUCGUAGAAGCUGACGAGCUCAAGAUCAAAUGCAAUCGAAUCCGACCUAGCUGUGAGGCAUGCCAAGUCUUCAACUGUGCUUGCAUCUAUGACGCGAUACCGAAGAAGCGUGGACCGAAGACCGAUGUGCUCGAGGCGCUCUUGAAAAGAGUCAAUGGCCUUGAGAAGCGACUGAAGGAUGAAAAGAAACCUGAUUCCGCGGAUGGUCAGACUGAUGAGGAGCAGCCAGAUGAGCAGGUGCAGCAGUUGCGGAAGGUGGCAGCCCGCAAUGGCGAGGAGAAAGCAACGAUACAAGUCAGAGCAGUCGAGUUAUUACAGGACGAGCAGCCGGCGCAUCAGCAAGUGAAUCAGCAAGCGACUCCGCAAAUCAUACAGCAACACCGGACUCACCACAACGUGCAACAACCCAUACAAGCGCUACCUGCUACAGAUGCAUUGAUCGACACCUACUUCGCUCGAGUACAUGGCAAGCCGUACUACGUCUUGGACGAACCCGCCACAAGACAGCGGUUACGGGAUGGUAACCUGCCUCACUUCUUGCUGUCAGCUAUCCAUGCAGUAUCGAUCCGGUAUUGCAGUCACUUGUACGCGGAUCUCAGCACCGCAAACAGGCAUAGUCAGGAAUGUGCGUUGCAGUCUCGGGCAGACAUUGACGUGGACGAACCAAGCAUAGAGCAUCUGCAGGCCUUGUUACUACUGGCCAUGGCGGCAUACCAGUCCGGCAAAGGGAAGAAGUGCUAUAUGCUCUUGACGCAUGCGGUAAGUAUGGCCUUUGGACUAAGUCUGCAUCGGGAGCUACCGCCUCAGCUUCGCAUUGCUCCGUCAGAACGUGAAGGCAGGAGGAAGCUGUUCUGGACCUGCUAUCUUAUGGACCAUUUCACCGUAGCAGGAUCGAAACGUCCGUCCUUGAUCUCGGACGAGUCGAUAUGCUUACGAUUACCCGCUUGGUUGCCUCCUGGAGCGCAUGGUUGGGUCGAUGGAAGCUACUUUCCGAAUGGCACAAGCCUCCCGUACGCUGCGGGAGUCGGUAAUGCAGGUCAGGGAAGUGGUGCUAUGCUAGUAGAAAUAUCGCGUGUGUUGGGAGUCACAAAUCGCUAUCUGGCUGCUGGAGGCGUCAAAGGCGACUCUCACUUUCCAUGGCAUGCUCAGUCGACGUUGUCAAGGAUCCGAUCCGACCUAGACUACUGGGCGGCCAACACGCAGGAUGCUUUCACAACGAUCGAAGCCUUGUUCGGCCAACCAGAUACUUCUACUCUCGUGCUUAGCAAGCUGAUCUACCACCUGAUCCACUGUCUUGUGUACCGGCCUUUCUUGCCAGUAGAUCUGGCAGAGCUGUCUGGCACAGGUCAGCAUCAAUCGUGGCAAAUCGAGGCAACCAACCUCUGCUUUUUGCACGCCAACGCUAUCGCCGAGCUAGUCGAGAUCGGCCAAAGCACCUCUCUAAUGGACUGGCCUUCAUUUGUCGGAUACUGUAUCUGCACCGCGGGCACCAUUCAUGUCCAUGGAGCACAUUAUAUGGCACUCCGAGAAGGAGACGUAUUUGCUCACAGCGCCGACUUUCUGAGCCGAGAGAUGGCUCAGCUGCAUGAGUUGCGCUUCGCCUGGGUGGGUGUGCAGCAUCAGCGCGAGACACUACAGACAGUCUACUCGAGCCAUUCGCAGCUUGUGAAGUCGCUCUCGACAAGCCCGACGAGAUUUUCACCAGUAUUCCAGAUGGAAGACUUCUUCGAUCGAUAUCCUGGAUCAUAUAUCGAUGGUGCCCAUUGUUCCUUCACAGAUGUUGACCCUGCAGUCCUUAUGGACAGCAUCAGCAAUUAUAAUGGCUACGGGUAUAACUCUGCAGACGCCUGGAUGAAUAGUACGACAGCAUCGUUACAAACACAGCCCAUGGUUCCAACACAGUAUAUGACACAGAACCAAAUGCCCACCGUGCACAGGAAGGCGAAACGUCGGCGUACUACCGCAGCAACGAUACCUCACCCGGCGGUCUCGAGCAACGGAGCCGGUGCUGCCUCAGCCGAGCGAAGAGUCUCGACUGAGUCCUUCUUGCCCAAAGGGCAGCAGCACCAGCAGCCACAAUCCCAGCCAAUACAUAUACCUGAUGACACACCACAGUACAACGGUCACCAGACUGGCGCGUCGCGAAAUGACAAUAACGAAUACGCAAUCAUAGAUGACCAAAUCCAGAACCCGACGUUCACCCAAAGCGCUCUCUCCCCGUCCUUCAACUACAGCCCUAUGCCACCCGCCAUGCCUCUGCAAAGAAGCCUAAGCAAUGAGGCCAACAAUUGCAUGAGCAGAGACAAUUUCAAUUACGGCUACAACUUCGAGCAACGGACACCAGGAGGUUUCAGCCAGAGCGCAGAAAGCACACAUACUGAUCCACAAGAUAAAGAUCCUUUCCUGACUUUGCUGGAACAAUUGGCACAGAAUGAGGGAAACGGUGAUGCUAACGGACCGAGCGAGCUUGAUUUCUUUCUCACUGGGCAGGGGUGA